AUGACCGUCAAAAGAACAUGGCAGCCGCCAUACCAUCUCGGUGCGAAGAUUAGCCUUAAAUCAGACUUGGGUCUGAUCCUUCUCACAACGACACUGGUGAACUUUUUGGACCUAUUCCAACUCUCCGCCGUGCUUUUUGGUCUCCCAGACAUUCAAAGCUCGCUGAACUUUACCUCCGAGGACAUUAAUUGGGUGCUUAUUGUCUACAAUAUCACUUUCGCGUCUUUCCUGCUCAUCGGUGGCCAAUUGGGUCAAAGGCAUGGCCUCGAGAGAACGUUCAUCGCUGGAACGGCGAUUCUCACCAUAUCAAACAUCAUCAACACUGCUGCUCCAAACAAAGCGGCUCUGCUUGCUGGACGGUCGAUUUCUGGAAUUGGUGCCGGGUUGACUGCCCCAAACGGACUGGCCAUCUUGAGCCGAAAAUUUGAGGACGGUGAUGCUCGUAACAAGGCGCUGGCUGUGUACACUGCCUGCGCCCCUUUGGGGUCGACCAUCGGCACCGUUGUUGGUUCUUUGCUCGCAUCUUCUCCCGCGGGCUGGAGAUCCAUCUUUUGGCUGUGUCUCAUUCUCACUGCUCUUUCAACGAUUCUCGCGUGUCUAUUCCUGCCGGAAUUCUCUCGAGAGAAUGUACCUAUCGAUGUGGCGGGGGCUGCGGUUUUCACCGCGGGAAUUGCGCUUUUGGUCUACGGUCUGAAUGACAGCUCGAGACUGGGAUGGUCAGCACCACCUGUGCUCGUUGGCAUCAUCCUGGGAGUGUGUCUGCUCGCCGCCUUCGUUGUUGUCGAGAAGAAAGUUGCCAACCCAGCCGUGCCCCAAUAUGUAUGGAAGUCUUUACCUUUCUUCCUCAUGUUGGUGGCUAUUUUCGCCUUUGGUGGAAGCUUCAGUUCUUGGUUCUUCAUCACCACACAGCUUUGUGUGAAUUUGCUUCACUAUACCCCGGUCUUGACAGCAGUUUAUUUCCUGCCCGGUGCUUUCUGCGCGAUCGUCAGCGGCGGCCUCUCAACCCCCAUGGUGAAGUUCAUCGGAGAAAAGGCCACGCUCGUAAUAGGGCUUGGAAUAACUGCUGCAGGAGGCGUUGCGUGGGCGUUUGCAACACCUGAACGGGCUGGUGGAACUGGCCAUGGACAAGGAUUUUGGUACUCGAUUGUAGUUGCCAUCAUCUUUGUCUGCGGAAGUCCAGUUGCGAUGGUACCUGCCCAGAGUAUUUUGCUUCGCCAAGUUGAGGCCGAUAACCACGCAGUGGCGAGUGCUCUCUUCAACACUGCUUACCAGGUUGGAGCGAGUGUUCUUCUGGCGGGUGCAAACGCUUUGAUCAAUGCAAAGCAGGCGAAUUUCCACGGCGUAGUCAUGGCAUCCAUGGACGGGUACAGGAAUGCGUUCUGGCUCUUGACUGGUGUUCUUGGUGGUGCGGCCCUCGUUGUGGCUGUCGGUUACUGGCCCUCUCGGGUCGAGAGCACCCCGAGAGGCAUUGAAGAAGCAAUGGUCACAGAGACCACGGAGACCACGGAGACGACGCAGACCAAAGCCUAA